AUGUUGUUUUUAUAUUCUCUUUUAUCUGCGUCGACUGUUUCCGAAGGCAAUAUGAAGCCCAAUACUAAGGCUGAAGUUCUGUUAGACUUUGGCUUUGAAAACCAAGGAAAAUUUAAAUUAGUCGUUGAUGCUCCGAAUAUUACAGGUACCAAAGCGAUCCUAAUGAACAAGCUACAGUAUGAUAAGAAACGUAAACAAAUUGAUACAUUCCAAAAAUAUUGCAAUAAAAAUACUUCAACUAAAUUUAUCUCGCAUACUUACGAUACUAUACAAGGUAAUAGUUUGCUUAUACAUAUUCAAGAUCCUGAGAUUUAUUAUCCUAUAAUUAUAAACUGCAACAAUAUUUCGUUAGACUAUGUCGUCUUUUACGAGAAUCCGAACACUUAUGUUGACUAUCGAGAAAAGAAUAACGUAUAUGUUGCAACAUUUAGCUGUAUUGUCGAAUUUUUGAUCACAAUUUCUUGGUAUUACAGAACCCAAGCAAAAAAAUGUACAAAUGUUGAUUUAUUCGAUUCUUUUAUGUUCGGAAGCUUCCUUAAAAGUAUUACAAGCCUAAUUUCUGUGAUUUACUGGACAAAUUUAAGUUUUGCAUUAAAUAUUAGUCCAAAUAUACAGCGCAUUGUCGAGAUUGUCAAUUUUGUUGGUAAUACUUUCGUUUUUAUACCAAUAAUGUAUACAAUCAACGGAAUGAGUUUAAUCGAUUUAAAUAACGCAUCUUUUCAAAAACUAUUAGCCAACUUAGCAUUUGCUGGAUACUCCGCGACCAAAUACUUCAGAGCUUAUUUGAAUGGAUACAUGUAUUACGUAAUGUUCAUUGUUGAAGUCCUUCCUAUCAUUGUAUGCAGUUUCUACAUGAAAACUAAUCGUAUUAUAUUUGAUUUGAUAUCGGAUAUACACAAAAACAAUGAAAAAAUGAAGCCAAAAUGUGAUCAAUUAAAUAUAAUUCUUAACAAGAUAACUGUUUUGUUAUAUAAUGUAUUAAUGUUAGAUAUACUUGCUGUUGUAUUCCAUUUAACACGUUUUUAUUUGACAAUGGAAUUAGAAGUUAUAAUUUGUUUAAUUUCUUUUUCAUGUUUAUACAUUUUCUGGAAUCAUUUUGAUUGUUUCGAAUCCUCUGGAGAUUAUUUUGAUAGCCAAGACCCAUUUGAUAUUAUAACUAUUAGAUUAUCACAAAUUAUUGAACAGAUGGGAAGAGACAUGAAAGCAAAUCAAAUGGAUAAAUGUUUGGAAGGAAUAAAUGAAUACGAAAAUCUUAUUGAUAAAUACAAUACUUUGGCUGAGAUGUUGCAUCAACCUAAGUUCCCUGAUAACUACAGACUUAAAGAAAUGUUUAAACAAGACUUGCAAAAAUGUGUUAAAAAAUUAAUGAAUGAACAAAAAAGUGACACGCAUCAAAAUUUGAAUAAACAAAAAAGUGACGGACAUCAAAAUUUGAAUGAAAAUAAACAAAAAUCAAAGAAUUCAAAUAAAAAUGAAAAUGAUGUUAAUAAGUUACUUGAUAAUUUUGUUAAAGAUGGGCAGCUUAAAGAUGAUCAAUUGAAGAAAGCUAUUGAUGAUUUCGUUGAGGAUAAACUCUUGAAAAAUCCUCAAAAUCAACAAAAAAGUGACAAACAUCAAACAAAGAAUGAAAGUCAAGAAAAAUCUACAGGUACUACUGAACAAAUAGAAGAACUUCAGAAGAAGAGAGACAAAGAACUUGAGAUACUCCAAAGUAUUCCUUUGCAUAGUAAUGAUAAUCAGCUUGAAUCAACAAUAAUAAAUAGAAAUAAUAUGCAGAAUUUGGAUGAAUUCAUUAAUAGUAAAGGAGAAUCUGAAAUUGAGCAGAUGGACUUCGUUGCUGGAAAAGACAGAAGUUUGAAGUUUAAUCACAAAAGAAAGAAAGUUCUUGAAGAAUACAAAGAUAGGAAUAUUGGUCGCUGCUACAUUUGCUAA